AUGGCCAACAUCAUGAACCCCAUUGAUGAUCCUUCUUACAAUGUCGAAGCAACCGAACGUGCCUUCGGUACAAGCGCGACAGACCUCAGUCCCAACGUCAGUACCUACAACAAUGCGAACCACACCAGGCAAUCCGAAAAUCGCCACCCAAGCAGUAUCACUGACUCCCUUGAUCGGAGUGCUACCGGCGAUCGAUACGACCGUACUUCUGGAACCUCACCUAGUACUGGCCCUUACGCCCAGGGUGCUAUAAACCCGACCCAGAAACAAUAUUUACGCAACACAAGGGAACAACCUACGCAGCACGCGACACCGUUUCACCAGUCUCAAUACAACACGCCGGGUUCAACCGACUUAUCAUAUGGCACCAAUGUUUCGACGCCGACAGUUGCCGGAUUCCAGUCGAGCGGCGUUGAGAAAUCUGGCCCACAAAUGGACAACAACUAUGAUAACACCAACUUCUCAAACACAAGAGAACAGCCCGGCCAGAGCUCUCAGAAUGUUUCCCCUCGCCAUCAGCCCCAGGAAACCAUGCUGGCUGCUACCCAGUCAUCUCCUGGGUCCAGAGUUCAAUCAUCGACGGCCAAUAAGUUCAAGCCUGACAACAUUGAAGACAACAUCGAGCCGCGCAUAGACAGUAGCUAUAGGGCUAGCAACGCCCAUAGCACAGGAGAUCAUUAUUCCCAACAUGGCUCGUCCAUGCACCAGUCUCAGACCAGUAUGCCAGACCCUGCUGAGUCUAGACAUGGCACCGAAGUUCCUGCGUCAACGGCCAACGAAUCCCAGGCGAGCAAUGCUAGGGACGCAACUGCCUCGCGCGUAGAUGGCGGUCGUGACACCAAUGCUAAUGCCGGUACCACUGAUACCAACAAAAAGAAAGGCGAGAGGUUCGAAGGGAAUGAAGAUGACGACAUCACUGGGGAGAAAGUCAACGGUAUUGCAGGCGUGAUCCCUAUAUCUGGCAGUGCUGGUCCAACAACUACUAAAACUUUCGACCCUCAUGCUGAGCUCAGCAACACCAGUAACAACGUCUCUGCAACAGCGUCCAUAGGUAAUGGCGGCGAAGACCGAAAGGCGCCAGCUCGCCAAUCCAAUGCUGCCGGCAGCAGUUACAACACGUUGAGAAGCAGCGAUGAACAGACAAGCGUCAACCCAGAGAGAGGCACUGGCUUGGGGAAGAAUAGCCGCUCAGGCACAGGCCUAGACGAAGUCCGCAGUGUUGAAUCUCGGAGUGCGGUAUAA